CGACGGGUCGCGCACUACGAGUAGGGCGCUGGUCGGCUCCGAAACCCAAGACACGACAGAGGCGACUGAUACCAAGGCCAGGAUAGACCGGACUUCGAAAAUAUCUGGAGAACCCGAAUACGAAACGCGAAGUGCACAGUAAUCGUGCUUAGAAGGGAGGAAUUUGUAUAAUUAAGUGAAGAUCGUACAAUCGCUCGUCUCCGUUGAAGAUCAUCAUGUCCUCCUCAGCGGUCGCCAAAAGUUCCAAGUACACGUACCGCUCGUCCGGUGGUGCAGGAUCUGCCGAUGUCAGCAUCGAGUACAGCGCCGACCUGAGCGCUCUCUCCAGGCUCGAGGACAAAAUCCGCCUCCUUCAGGAUGAUUUGGAGUCUGAGAGGGAGUUGCGUCAGAGGAUCGAACGCGAGCGCGCUGAUCUGAGCGUGCAAGUCAUCCAGCUGUCCGAACGCCUUGAAGAGGCCGAGGGUGGCGCCGAAUCUCAGUUCGAGAUCAACAGAAAGAGAGACACGGAGUUGGCUAAGCUUCGUAAGCUCCUCGAAGAUGUCCACCUCGAAAGUGAGGAGACCGCCCACCUUCUGCGCAAGAAGCACCAGGAAGUCGUGGUUGAUUUCCAAGAUCAGAUCGACCAGCUCUCCAAAGCUCGUGCUAGGGCCGAUAAGGAGAAGUCGAAAUUCCAACAGGAAGUGUACGAACUGCUCGCUCAGGUCGACAAUGUCACGAAGGAAAAGCUCCUGUCCAUGAAAACCGUUGAGAAACUCGAAGUUCACGUAUCUGAGCUUAACGUAAAGAUCGAGGAGCUGAACCGCACGAUCGUCGACAUCACCAGCCACAAGACUCGCCUCUCCCAGGAGAAUAUCGAGUUGACCAAGGAAGUCCAGGACCUUAAGGUGAAUAUCGAGAACGUCGUUUACCUGAAGUCUCAAAUCGCCGGACAACUCGAAGAUGCCCGCCGUCGUCUGGAGGACGAAGAACGUCGUCGUUCUUUGGUCGAGGCCUCCCUACACCAGGUUGAGGUCGAGCUGGAGUCCGUUCGCGUCCAGCUUGAAGAAGAAUCUGAGGCUCGUCUGGACCUCGAACGCCAGCUGGUUAAAGCCAAUGGUGAGGUCUCUGUAUGGAGGUCCAAGUACGAGACCGAAGCGAAUGCUCGUGCCGAGGAGGUUGAAGAACUGCGUCGCAAGUACGGCGCUCGCAUUCAGGAACAGGAAGAGCACAUCGAAACAUUAUUGGUCAAGAUCAAUAACCUUGAGAAGCAGAAGUCUCGCCUCCAGUCUGAGGUCGAGGUUCUGAUUAUUGAUCUCGAGAAGGCCAAUAGUACCGCGCGCGACCUCCAGAAGCGUGUUGAGCAGCUGGAGAAGAUCAACAUCGAGAUCAAGUCUCGUUUAGAAGAAACUGUUUCUCUCUACGAACAAAGUCAACGCGAUCUUCGCAACAAGCAGCAGGAACUUCAGCGCACCAAUGCUGAGCUGGACAAGACUCGCGAGAUGAAGGAUCAGCUGGCACGUGAAAACAAGAAGCUUGGAGAUGACCUGACCGAUGCCAAGAACCAACUGGCUGACAUGAACCGCAGACUCCACGAAUUGGAACUGGAGCUUCGUCGUCUGGAGAACGAGCGCGAGGAAUUGGCUGCCGCCUACAAGGAAGCUGAGGCUGGUCGCAAGGUCGAGGAGCAGCGCUCUCAGCGAUUGGCUGCUGAACUUAGCCAGUUCCGUCACGAGGCCGAACGUCGUCUGGCUGAGAAGGACGAAGAAAUCGAGGCCAUUCGCAAGCAGACUAGCAUCGAGAUUGAACAGCUGAAUGCUCGUGUUGUCGAGGCUGAGACGAAGUUGAAGACCGAAGUGCAGCGUAUAAAGAAGAAGCUGCAGAUCCAGAUCACCGAAUUGGAAUUGUCUCUAGAUGUUGCCAACAAGAAUAAUAUCGAUUUGCAGAAGACAAUCAAGAAGCAGUCCUUGACUCUGACCGAAUUGCAAGCUCACUACGAUGAGGUUCAACGUCAACUCCAGGUGACCCUGGACCAGUUGGGUAUCAGCCAGCGCCGUCUGCAAUCUCUGACUGUUGAGGUCGAGGAAAUUCGCGCCAAUUAUGAAUCUGCCCUUCGCGCGAAGAGGACCGUCGAGCAGCAGUAUGAGGAGUCUGUUAGCCGCAUCAACGAGUUGACCACCAUCAACGUGAACAUCGCCUCCUCCAGGGCCAAGCUCGAACAAGAACUUGCCACCCUCGCCGGCGACUACGAGGAAGUGACCAAGGAGUUGCGCAUCAGCGACGAAAGAUACCAGCGCGUCCAGACCGAGCUCAAGCACACGGUCGAGAUCCUCCACGAGGAGCAGGAACGUAUCGUAAAGAUCGAGGCCAUCAAGAAGUCCCUGGAAAUCGAAGUGAAGAACCUGUCCGUCCGCUUGGAGGAAGUAGAAGCCAACGCCAUCGUCGGAGGCAAGCGUAUCAUCAGCAAACUCGAAGCCAGGAUCCGUGACAUGGAACUUGAAUUGGACGAGGAGAAGCGCCGACACGCCGAGACCGUGAAGAUCCUCCGUAAGAAGGAACGCAACAUCAAGGAGGUCAUGAUCCAGGUUGAGGAAGACUCAAAGAACAUCGCCCUCCUCCAGGAGGCCCUAGACAAAUCGAACCAGAAGGUCAACAUCUACAAGAGGCAGCUCCAGGAACAGGAGGGCAUGUCCCAGCAGAGCGUGACGAGGGUGCGCCGAUUCCAACGCGAAUUGGAAGCCGCGGAAGACCGUGCCGACACCGCCGAGAGCAACUUGACCUUGAUCCGCGCCAAACACCGUAGCUUUGUCACCACCUCGACCGUGCCGGGAUCCCAGGUCUACCUUGUCCAGGAGACGAGGCAGGAUCUCUAAACCCCGUGACCACAUCAUCAUCCCAUGACGCUUGAAAAUGGCGCAUCGUCAUCGUCGCAAACAACGACCUUAUUUGGAUCGGAUUGGAUCGGACCAAAACUCUACGACUGUCAAAUUGAUGGGAGUACGUACGUAUACGUUUCGACUGUCAACAGGCACUCCGAAAACAAGCAGCGGAAAUGACGACGAAACACAUCACGACGAUUAAUUAUUACACAACAACAGCACGGGGAUUUGUUGACUAGCGGUUUCGUAAUUCGGCCAAUCAGCGCUCAUUACUACCAAGAACGAGAAGCAUUGUCACUGCUGGAGCUACCCGAUAUUUUACUACGCCAUUCGUAUUUUUGCGAAUUACGCAAAUUUAGCAAACUGUUUGGCUUACGAGACGCGGUACCCGUCAACGAACUAAAUGCAUUACUUAAGAUGAUUAAAAUAAAAUACUAUAUCAUUUUAAUUGUAAAAUCUAAGCCGAAAAGAACAUAUGCAUACGUCUAUUAUACGUACUUGUAUUUAAAUAAUUGUAAUUCUAUUCUAUUGUUAUAGAUAGGUACUAUUGCCCAUACACAACUCUCUCUCACUGUACGACAUACACAAUAACCUAUGUCAACUUUAAUUUAAUAAUAAACUGAAACGCGUACGUACGAUAGA